UUUUGGAUGAUGAAAUAGUUAGCCUAAGGUCUUGGCGAAAGAUGAGAAAACUACUUCCGCCUUACAAAGAGCGAAACUCUUGGGUUUAAGCCUUUAUUCUUUCCAGCCAAAAAAAAGUGUGAGAGGCUGCUUUUAAUACCGUAGAGUUAAGUUCAUUUUUGUUUUUGUCUUUUUUGGUCUUUUUUGUAAAGAAAAUUUUGCUGUCUUUAAUUGACGUGUCACGUAGUAUAUCGGACUUUGCUAAUCAUUUAAUCAACACUAUUGUACAAAUAGUAAAACAAAUGAGAAUUAUUUAGAUUUUGGUCCUCAAAAACUAUCAAAGCGAUCAAAAAUGGCACAGCUUUUGAAAGCCUCUGGUUUUCUCGGCCGAUCAAUUGUUCGUACGUUACGCCAAAACGACCUCCUCGUUUACAAAAGGCCGUGUUUGGCUUUCUUCCACACAACACCAAGGGAUUCUGCUCACAGUAUCGAGCCGAGAAAGACCCUCAGGGCCUCACUUGUACUAGAGGAUGGAACGAAUCUUUCAGGUUUUUCAUUUGGUCACAGCACUUCUUCUACUGGAGAACUUGUCUUUAAUACUGGGUUAGUUGGCUACCCUGAAGCACUUACAGACCCAAGCUACAAGGGUCAGAUUCUAAUGCUGACAUACCCUAUUAUUGGGAAUUAUGGAGUACCUAAUACCACUGAGCUGGAUGUGUAUGGUUUAUUAAAAAAUGUCGAGUCUUCGAAUAUUCAGGUUGCUGGUCUUAUAGUACAGGAUUAUACUCAUGGAUACAGCCAUUGGAAUGCUGUAAAAUCUCUCUCGCAAUGGCUCAAAGAGGACCAGGUACCAGCGCUAUACGGCAUUGAUACAAGAAGAUUAACAAAGAUAGUGAGAGAAAAGGGAACCCAUUUGGCGAAAAUUGAGUUUGAGGACCAGCCUGUUGAAUUUACAGAUCCUAACAAAAGAAAUUUGAUGGCUGAAGUAUCAACAAAGGAAGUCUUGGUGUAUGGAAAAGGAAAUCCUCACAAAGUCGUGGUAGUUGACUGUGGAAUCAAACAGAAUAUCAUAAGAAAUCUAGUGACGCGAGGUGCAGAGGUUCAUCUUGUACCAUGGAAUUACGACUACAGCCAGUUGGAAUACGAUGGAUUGUUUGUGUCUAACGGCCCUGGUGAUCCCGCACUAGCCACGGAUGCUAUCAACAGCUUAAAAAAGGUAUUAGACAAUGAUCGUCCAGAGCCAAUAUUUGGUAUUUGUAUGGGAAAUCAGUUGGUAGGACUGGCUGCAGGAGCUUCAACAUUCAGGUUAUCACUAGGACACAGAGGUCACAACCAGCCAGUUAUCAAUAAUCUUAAUGGCGAAGCCUUCAUCACAUCACAGAACCACGGCUAUGCUGUAGAUGAUACGACUCUUCCAUCUGAUUGGAAGACUUUGUUUUAUAAUCCCAACGAUCUGAGCAAUGAGGGAAUCGUACACAGGAAAAAACCUAUCUUUACAGCACAGUUUCACCCAGAACAUUGUGGAGGACCAACAGAUACUGAGUAUUUAUUCGAUGCCUUCAUGAAAAUGGUCAAGGAUGAAAAAUCUUCCAUUGAGGUGUUACAUCGACCUGUUCAUGUCCUUGAAAAAAAGAAGUUUUCCAAGGUUCUUGUGCUCGGCUCUGGUGGUCUGUCGAUUGGUCAGGCAGGAGAGUUUGAUUAUUCAGGUUCACAAGCUGUCAAAGCUUUGAAG